AUUGGUGGGUUCGUUGAGAAGCCUGCAGGGUGUGCGGUUGACCGGUCGCCGAUGCGAAGGCUGCAGUGGUCGUCGCCGCCGACAAGGCCGCUCAUCGGCGAGAUGGUGUCAGUGGAGGGCUUGUCUAAACUCGGUCAUGGAGAAGUUCUCAUCAUUGCCAUGAAAUGAAGCAGCUAAGCUAAGCAGAUAGUCCGUCCCACCUCACUCUGUCUCACUGACUCUGCUGUAACGAGCACCCACUCGGGGGAACUCGGUGGUGGAUGAUGGCAAGAAUCAGCUCCCUUCGCUUCCUCCCCAUGGCGAUCGCUACUGUCCCACUGACUCUGGCCCUCCUCCUGCUGGCCCUCUGCCUCCUCCCUGCUCAGCCCGCCUACAUAGCCUACAACACCACCCCCUCCAUCGUCCCCGGCAAGAUCAAUGUCCACCUCGUGCCCCACUCCCACGACGAUGUGGGCUGGCUCAAGACCGUUGACCAGUACUACGUUGGCGCCAACAACUCCAUCCGGGGUGCGUGUGUGCAGAAUGUGUUGGACUCAGUCAUAUCAGCUCUCUUGGAUGAUAAGAACCGCAAAUUUAUUUAUGUCGAAGUGGCCUUUUUCCAAAGAUGGUGGAGGCAACAAAGUGAUGCAAUGAAGAUCAAAGUUAAGGAGCUAGUGGACUCGGGUCAAUUGGAGUUCAUAAAUGGUGGUAUGUGCAUGCACGAUGAGGCGACCCCCCAUUACAUUGACUUGAUUGAUCAGACAACAUUAGGGCACCAAUUCAUCAAAAAGGAAUUUGGUCAGAUCCCAAGAGUCGGUUGGCAGAUUGAUCCUUUUGGACACUCCGCUGUGCAGGCUUACUUUCUUGGUGCUGAGCUAGGAUUUGAUUCUCUCUUCUUUGCACGCAUUGAUUACCAAGAUAGAGCUAAAAGACUGAAGGACAAGACUCUUGAGGUUAUAUGGAGAGGUUCCAAGUCUCUCGGCUCAUCCUCGCAGAUAUUCACAGGUAUAUUUCCACGGCAUUAUGAUCCUCCUGAUGGUUUUGUCUUUGAGAUAAACGAUGUAUCCCCUCCUGUUCAGGACGACGUUCUCCUGUUUGACUAUAAUGUUCAAGAACGGGUCGAUGAUUUUGUCGCAGCUGCUUUAGCUCAGGCUAAUGUCACCAGAACAAAUCAUAUAAUGUGGCUCAUGGGAACCGACUUCCGGUAUCAAUAUGCAAAUUCAUGGUUCAGGCAAAUGGACAAGUUCAUUCACUAUGUCAAUCAGGAUGGACGUGUCCAUGCUUUAUAUUCUACCCCAACAAUAUACACAGAUGCCAAAUACACUGCAAAUGAAGAAUGGCCCCUUAAGUUCGAUGACUUCUUCCCGUAUGCGGAUCAUCCAAACGCUUACUGGACUGGUUACUUUACGAGCAGGCCAGCCUUCAAAGGCUAUGUCAGAGCGAUGAGUGCUUAUUUUCUCGCUGCAAGGCAACUGGAGUUCUUUAAAGGAAGGACCAGCUCAGGGCCAAACACUGAUGCAUUAGCUGAUGCGCUUGCAAUUGCGCAACAUCAUGAUGCUGUCAGCGGUACACAAAGACAACACGUUGCUGCUGAUUAUGCAUUGAGAAUCUCAAUAGGCUAUCUUGAGGCUGAGAAGUUGGUGGCAUCUACACUUUCUUUCUUGGCGGAUUCAAAAGUGGGCAUGGGAGAGAAGAAGUCAACAACGAACUUUCAGCAGUGUCCUCUCCUUAACAUCAGUCAUUGUCCUCCAUCAGAAGCUGCUUUGCAAAAUGGAAAGAGACUGGUGAUUGUCAUUUAUAAUCCUUUAGGAUGGCAAAGAAACAAUGUGGUUAGAAUACCGGUUUCUGAUGAGAAUUUGAUUGUUCAAGAUUCUGGUGGAAAGAUUAUUGAUUCCCAGCUCCUUCCCGUAUCCAAUGCCACUUUAAAAUUAAGAAGCUUCUAUACUAAAGCAUAUCUAGGUGCAUCUCCAACCGAAUCAGUCAAGUAUUGGCUUGUGUUUUCGGCAUCAGUGCCAUCCCUUGGUUUCAGCACGUACACUGUUUCUGCUGCAACACAGACAGGUCCACACUCGUUCAUGUCAACUGUAUCCUCAUCAAGAGAGAGUCCAGAUGCUACCAUCGAAGUUGGCCAAGGAAGUCUGAAACUGGUUUACACUGCAGACGCAGGGAAGCUGACUCAGUAUGUUAAUACAAGGAAUCAGGUUAGAGCAAAUGCUGAACAGUCAUACAGUUAUUACUCUGGAAAUGAUGGGACUGAUAAAGACCCUCAGGCAUCUGGGGCCUAUGUCUUCCGUCCAAAUAUGACAUAUCCAAUAAAAUCUGAUCAGAAGGCCCCUCUGACAGUGAUACGCGGUCCUCUGCUCGAUGAAGUACAUGAGGAGAUCAAUUCGUGGAUAUCUCAGGUCACAAGAAUUUACAAGGAGAAGGAACAUGCUGAAGUAGAGUUUACUAUUGGGCCUAUACCGAUAGAUGAUGGAAUCGGUAAAGAAGUGACAACGAAGAUAACAACUGCAAUGCAAACAAAUGCUACAUUCUACACUGAUUCUAAUGGACGUGACUUCAUUAAAAGGGUUCGUGACUUCAGGACAGACUGGGAUUUGGAAGUACACCAACCAGUUGCUGGAAAUUAUUAUCCUAUCAAUCUUGGAACUUAUGUGGAGGAUGGUGAAACGGAACUUUCGUUGUUGGUGGACCGUGCAGUGGGAGGAUCCAGUCUAGUCGAUGGUCAGAUUGAGCUCAUGCUCCACAGGAGGAUGACUCAUGAUGAUAUAAGAGGUGUUGGUGAGAUUCUGAACGAAACAGUUUGUGUUCAGAACAAAUGUGAAGGCUUAACAAUUCAAGGGAAGUUUUAUCUCAGGAUUGAUCCGAAAGGAGCAGGUGCCAGGUGGCGACGCACAUUUGGCCAAGAGAUAUAUUCUCCGCUAUUAUUAGCCUUCAGCGAAGAGGACGGAACUAGUUGGUCUGAAUCUCACCUGACUACUUUUUCCGCUAUCGAUCCUUCCUAUAGUUUACCAGGCAAUGUUGCCCUAAUAACCCUCCAGGAACUUGAAGAUGGAAGAGUACUUCUCCGGUUGGCUCACCUCUACGAAAUCGGAGAGGAUGAAGAGUACUCUGGAACGGCGAGCGUGGAGUUGAAAAGGUUGUUUUCAAACAGGACGAUAGUCAAGGUGACGGAGACGAGCUUAUCUGCGAAUCAGGAGAGAGCUGAGAUGGAGAAGAGAAGGCUCAACUGGAAAGCUGAAGGCAGCUCCCAGGAACCUGAGGUAAAGCGGGGAGGGCCCGUCGACCCUGCAAAGCUUGUUGUGGAACUCAUCCCGAUGGAAGUCCGAACUUUCAUCAUCGAACUUAGUUAUCUACAGAAGCAUAGUUCCUGAUGGAGAGUGUUCACGACCGGAUGUUGUCCCAUGUAUUAUUGGCGUAUAAAGUAAUAUCCCAUGUCAUAGGAAAUACAAUAGAGGGAUUUUUAUGUUGUACGCAGGCAAAAAUCUGAGUACCGUAACAAUGGAGGAGAGUACGCGAUGAAUCGGUGAUAUAUUCCAAGUGUUCACAUAA